AUGCAGAUGAGCAAGGAGUCCACCCUGUCGGACGCUAUCGAUCACAUCAAGAAGCUCCAGAACCCGGGUCAAAUCGAGCUGGUUCCUCUGGGGCCAUACAAAUACCACCUCAGGAUCUUCUGCAAGAAGACCGGCGUCUUCACCAAGGUGCGGGAAGCGCUCUACAGCUACAACGCGCAGGUCACCAGCCUGAACACCAUAACGUUCUAUGGCUACGCCGAAUCAGCGUGCUAG